GGGGAAGUUAGCACUGCACCAACGCUCUCCGAACGACACAUGCCUGUUCUGGAAAAGUUACAUAAUCCACGAUAGUUAUUCCACACAUUAGAGGACUUUGCUCACGGGAUUCUGACAAUUGCUUGCCAUCUUCCCGAGCCUGUACAACCCGCGCUGAAUGUGGCCAUGGCCGACGAAGGCUACUCCUCAACUGCUUGGGAAUCGACUGAUAAUCCCGAUCCUAACACUAGCCAGACUCCCUACUAUGGCCUAUUCCAGCCCAAUAGCCCGUCUCUCAUUCACGAAUCUGCCACUGCUCCUGCCUUGUCGUCUUUACCAGUCAAACCAUCAUCACCUCCUCCCAGGUCAAGCUCGGAUUCGCUGGGUCGAUCAUCCAGCUCGAGAUGGCGAGAUAGCGUGCCGGUGACGAUUGAACGCAAGGAUACGUUAUCCGUGAUCCCGAGCGACGCUAUCAGUCUUGUGGAGACCAACUUUGAUGAGAAUGUAUUGAGAGUAUUGUGUGAGCUGGACUGUGGUGUACCUUUGCUACUGGAUCGCAUUAAACAAAGUAUGGUCUCGUGUCGCGAAGCUUCAGUUUUCUUCAAGAAAAGAGCGGUUUUGGAGGAUGAGUAUGGGAAGAGUUUGCAGAAGCUCGCACGAACUACGUCCGAAGUCUACUCUAUGAACGAUGGGAAGGCUGGGUCUUUUGUGGGUGCUUGGCAGUCAUCCAUGAAAAUCCAUGAAGUUAUGGCAGAAAACAGGAUUCGUUUUGCCCAGCGGCUAAAUGAGAUGAGCGAUGAGCUGGCCUCGCUCGCAAAGGAAGUGGACAAGAACAGAAAACAGACUAAGGAGCUGGCUAGUCGCUACGAACGCGCCCUUCAAGAAUCAGAGUUGAACAUGGAAAAGUCCAAAAAUCGAUUGGAAGUCUCAUCAGAGGAACUUGAGCGAGUCUUGCUUCAGAAGGAGGGAGAAUCCCUGAAGGACGGUGGUUUACAGGCCAAGAACCAAGGAGGAGUCGCAGGUAAACGAGCACUUGGAAAAGCAGUAGCCAAAGGUGGGCUUCUGCUUAAAGGGAAGAAUCCUGGAAACAUACAAAGACAAGAAGACGACAUCCGCACGCGCGUCUCGAAUGCAUCUGACUUAUACCGCAAGGCACUUACUGAUACCCAAGCAAUGAGACAAGAAUACUUCAAUUUCCAGCUCCCUCGGAUACUGCGUGCUCUCAAAGAAUGUGCCGACGAAAUAGACCUCGGGACGCAAUAUCAUUUGACGAGAUAUGCAUUUUUAUUCGAGAGCAUAGUUCUAAGCGACGGAUCAACUCUUGUUCCGGUAGCACCAGAAGAUGGCAUCGGCCUGAAAUCUACGAUCGAGUCUAUUGAUAAUCGAGCAGACUUCAAGAUCUACAUGCAGAACUAUGCAUAUGCACGUGGUGGAGCCGCUCCCCGUGGUCCGCGACGUGAAGGUCCAGCAGAAGAAGGUUUUCUGCCUCCGCUGCCGACCCACGGGGGUGGCGCAUAUUCUGUUCAUACAAAUGCUCCGGUUGGGAGUAGUCACAACUCCCAAAUACCUGAUAAGGGCCGGCCAACAUUCGGCGUAGAUCUUGCAGAGCAGAUGGCGAGAGACAAUGUUGAACUUCCAGCGAUCCUCGAAAAGUGCUGUACUGCUAUUGAAAAGCAUGGCCUUCAAUCCCAAGGCAUCUAUCGAAUCAGUGGCAUGGCGCGGAAAGUUGCUUCACUGAAAGAGCGCUUAGACAAAGAUAUAGACUCCGUCAACUUGGAUUCGGAAGAGUGGAUAUCUGACAUCAACAAUGUGACUAGUGUCCUCAAGAUGUGGUUUAGAGAGCUUCCUGAUCCGCUACUAACAUCAACCCUGCAUCAAGGCUUCGUGGAAGCCGCUAGUAAGUCCUAUAUGCUAUGCAAAUAUGGCAACUUCUCACAGGAGUUCCAGAAAUCGAGAACGAUCGCCUGCGGCACAUACGUUUACACGAGCGAGUUAACGACUUACCGGACCCGAACUACGCUACACUCAAAUAUUUUUUGGGGCACUUGCACAAGUGUGUCCACCCUUGUCGUCAUUUAUCUCCACUGAUAAAGCAAUUGGCCCCGUGCUACAGGAUCGCGGAGUACGAGGCAGAUAAUUCCAUGUCCAUCCAAAAUCUUGCCAUCGUUUUCGGACAGACUCUCUUUGGUCAAAUGAUACCCGGUAACGGGAGUUUUUCGGGUCAUGGAAACGGGGGCAUGGCGGAUGCUCCUUUUCAGAACAAGGCGAUCGAAACAAUUUUAGACCACUACUCCGACAUCUUCGUUGAUGAAGCUGAAGUGGGUGCUUAGGCUCUGCCCCUCUUCGGGCAGACAACUUGCCGUGGAUUCUCCUUUCCCUCUCGCGAUACCCGUUUACUGCCGCAGGUCAG